AUGGAUAUUGGCAAGAAACGAGACGCAAACUGGACGGCGCCUACGCCACAGAAUACGCCGUUGUCGAAUGCGCCGAUCGAGCGCGAGCAGCUCGCGCGUCCGACCGUCGGCACGAUUGGCGAGGAGGAAGAGCAGGGCGAGGCGGCGGAUGCCGCCGCGGCUCUGCUGCCGAAUGCCGCGCUCACGAACAUGAUCCAGGACCGCCUCUCGACGCUCGUGGGCCAGUCGUCCGGCUACAUCGAGUCCCUCCCUGCCGAGGUCCGUCGCCGUGUCGAGGGUCUCAAGGGCUUGAAUGUGGACCACCAGAAGCUGGAGGCUCAGUUCCAGCACGAGAUUCUCGCGCUCGAGAAGAAGUUUGCAUCGCUCUAUGCGCCGCUAUAUAACCGCCGCAAGCAGAUUGUGCUCGGUGAGGACGAGCCGACCGCCGAGGAGGUCGAGCAUGGCGAGGCGGUCGACAAGGACGAGGACGACGAGGACGACGACGAGGCGUCGCUGGCGCACCUGUCGAUCAGCACCGAUGCGCCCAAGGGCAUUCCCGAGUUCUGGCUCACCGCUCUGCGGAACCAUGUAGCGCUCUCUGAGCUGAUCACCGAACGCGACGAGGGCGCCCUGCGGCACCUGACCGAUGUGCGGCUGCGGUACUUGGAUGCUAGCAGUGAAGCGGUGCCAGGCCAGGCGCAGCAGGGCUUCCAGCUGGACUUUGUCUUUGAUGCGGCGCACAACGAGUUCUUCAGCAACGCGGUGCUGACCAAGACGUACUUUUACCAGGACCAGGUCGGCUUCUCGGGCGACUUGGUGUACGACCACGCGGAGGGCACGCAGAUCGAGUGGACGUCGCCGGACACCAACCUGACCCACCGCCUCGAGACGAAAAAGCAGCGGAACAAGAAUACAAACGAGACGCGCACUGUCAAGCGGUUAGUGCCCACCGACUCCUUCUUCAACUUCUUCUCGCCGCCGCGGCCGCCCACGGAGGCCGACGAUGUCGACGACGAGGACCUCGACUCUCUCGAGGAGCGUCUGGAGCUCGACUACCAGAUCGGCGAGGAUCUCAAGGACCGCAUCAUUCCACACGCGAUCGACUUUUUCACCGGCAAAGCGCUGCAGUACGAGAACCCCGACGAGUGGGACGACGAGGACGACUUUGAGGACGAUGACGACGAGGACGAGGACGACGACGACGAUGCGCCAGCCCAGCGUCCCGAGCCUCAGGAAUGCAAGCAGCAGUAG